UAAAAUGAAUCGAACAAAUUCCUGUUAAAAAAAAAAAAAGGAACGAUUAAAAUAGUGAAUUUGAAAAUAGCAAAACCUUUCAUGAUCCCUUGAUUACUCUAGUUUGAAUUUGAAAACUGGGUGUUUUUUCACAAACACUUGGUACGGAUUCGCAAUCGCAGAAGCAGAGACUAGUAGUUCUACACAAACAUGGCGCAUCCCAAAGUUCUCAUGGUCGCAGAGAAACCUAGCAUCGCUCUCUCCAUCGCUACCGCUCUUUCCCACGGCCAGAUGUCUACAAGAAGAGGAAGCACAGAAGUUCAUGAAUUCGACGGGAAGUUUCUUGGAGGGCAUGCGCGUUUUAAGGUGACAUCAGUUAUUGGACAUGUAUUCAGUGUAGAUUUUCAUGGUAAAUAUCAAGAUUGGGCCACCACAGAUCCCUUAGAUCUUUUUCAAGCUCAGAUUAUAAAGACUGAAUCAAAUCCAAAGGCACAUAUUUGUAAACAUUUAAAACAAGAAGCUCGUGGUUGUCAUUAUUUGGUAUUGUGGUUGGAUUGUGAUCGUGAAGGAGAGAAUAUAUGUUUUGAGGUUAUAGAAUCAACCGGUUUCAAAAUAAAUGAUGUCUAUCGCGCACGGUUUUCUUCUGUUACUGAGAAAGAUGUUCUGAAUGCUCUAGCCAACCUUGUCAGACCGAACAGGGAUGAAGCAAUGGCUGUAGAUGCCAGACAAGAGAUAGAUUUGAAAGUUGGAGUUGCCUUUACUCGAUUUCAAACGAGUUUUUUCCAGGGGAAAUAUGGGAACCUAGAUGCCAGAGUCAUCUCCUAUGGACCCUGUCAAACUCCAACAUUAGGAUUUUGUGUGCAGCGGUAUUUGCAAAUAAAUACUUUCAAGCCAGAAAAGUUUUGGAGUUUGCACCCUUACAUAAUUCAAAGUGGCUAUGAAAUUCUGCUAGAAUGGCAACGCAGCAAAUUGUUUGACAUAAAUGUUGCUAUGAUGUUUCAAAAGCUGGUUGCUGAAGAUGGGAUUCUGGAAGUGACUGAUAUAUCAGAAAAACAGGAAACCAAAGGUCGCCCUGUUGGUCUAAACACAGUGAAUCUUCUGAAGGUUGCUUCAAGUGCUCUAGGAUUUGGUCCUCAGACAGCUAUGCAACUAGCUGAACGAUUGUAUACUCAAGGCUUCAUCAGUUAUCCACGAACAGAAAGCACGGCAUACCCUCCGUCAUUUGACUUUCGUGGUGCACUCUCUGCACAAAGAAAUAAUCCAACUUGGGGAAACUAUGUAGAAGGGCUACUCACCAGUGGUUAUCAGAAACCUCGAUCGGGAACAGAUGUGGGUGACCAUCCUCCCAUUACUCCAAUGAGAUCUGCAUCAGAGGAUAUGCUAGGAAAUGAUGCUUGGAAGCUGUACCAAUAUAUCUGUCAAUACUUCAUAGGGACAGUGUCUCCGGACUGCAAGUAUGUAAGGAAAAAGGUUGAGUUUUCAGUAGGUGGAGAGUCUUUUCAUUGUACAGGGCAGCAUGUUAUCACCAAAGGAUUUACAGCUAUUAUGCCUUGGUUGGCGAUAAAUGAUAAAAGUAUUCCAUCAUUUAUAAAAGGGCAGAAAAUAAAAGUAUCAAAAGUUGAGCUCUAUGAAGGGAAUACCACUCCUCCAGAUUUUCUUACCGAGAGUGAGCUGAUCUCUCUAAUGGAGAAGAAUGGAAUAGGAACAGAUGCAUCAAUUCCUGUACAUAUUAACAAUAUAUGUGAGCGGAAUUAUGUGCAGGUACAAGCAGGCAGGAAGCUCGUCCCAACCACAUUAGGUAUAACUUUAGUAAGAGGUUAUCAAUCAAUUGAUCCAGACCUCUGCCUGCCCGAUAUUCGUAGCUUUAUUGAGCAACAAAUUACUCUUAUUGCUAAGGGCCAGGUAGAUCAUCAUCGUGUGGUGCAGCAUGUAAUUGAACAGUUCAAGCAAAAAUUUUGUUACUUUGUGAAGAAGAUUGAGGCCAUGGAUGCACUAUUUGAAGCACAGUUUUCUGCACUUGUUGAUUCAGGGCGUAUUAUGAGUAAAUGUGGUAAAUGCUUGCGAUAUAUGAAGUAUAUUUCUGCCCAGCCACCACGUUUGUAUUGUGGCACAUGUGAGGAAGUUUAUUAUCUUCCACAGAAGGGCACAAUAAAGCUGUACAAGGAACUGUCUUGUCCUUUAGACAAUUUUGAGCUUUUGAUCUGCUCCGUGGCUGGCCCAGAGGGUAAAUCAUUCCCGCUAUGUCCUUACUGCUACAGCAAUCCCCCAUUUGAAGGUAUCGAAGCACUCAUCAAUACGUCUAAAACUAGUACUUCUGGCAAGAUUGGCAAGGGAGCUGGCAUGCCAUGCAACCUAUGCCCCCAUCCCACUUGCCCAAAUUCUUUAGUUACCCAAGGUGUAUGUGCUUGCCCAGAAUGUAGUGGGACACUUGUCUUAGACCCUAUAAGUGCUCCCAAAUGGCGACUUUGUUGCAAUAUGUGCAAUUGCCUAGUUUUUCUUGCAGAGGGUGCUCAUAGAAUCUCGACAACUAAAGAAAAGUGCCUUGAAUGUGACUCUUCAAUCAUAGAAGUGGACUUCAACAAGAAAACAACUCCUCUGGCAGACGGGGCUACGUUGCACCGGGGUUGCAUUCUUUGUGAUGUAUUACUACACUCCCUUGUGGAGAUGAAAUAUGGGAGAGGCUUCAAGCGUAUGAGUUCACGUGGAAGAGGAAGAGGAAGGGGAGGAAGAGGAAGAGGACGGGGUGGUAAAAUGAUGGAUCCGAAAAUGAGUUUUCGAGAUUUCUAGCUUCAUAACUUAUGUUUUUGAAAUUUUUGCAACACGUUUGUUGAACUAUCAUUUGAUUCAUUUACUAUGAAUUCGUUCUUAGCAUAAUUAUCUUCUUUGUUGUUUGGGCUCAAGUCUAUUUCAAUAACAAAUACCAAAUGAAACUUUUCAAAUUUAUGUGUUUUUAAGUGGGAUUGGGGAUUGUCUGUUGUAACAAAGGACACUGUUUUGCAUCUCGAACUAUUUAGAUUAAUGUAGUUAUAAAACGAACUCAACCACACACAGAACUCAACCACACACAUUCCUGUUCUGUUACAACAGCAGAAAAUCUAAAUCCUCUACAAGAUUACAAUCUUUUUAUGUUCAGCUCUCAAUAAAAUUUAUUCACUUUAGUCUAUGUUUUAUAGGGACAAUUUUGAGUAUUUAUUUUUGUUGUAAAAAAGUUUCUUCUGAUAAACUGCAAUAUUAUAAUGGAGGACAAAAAUUUUAAUUAAAAUUUAGUAAGAACUAAACUUAAAAACUAAAAAUUCUAUAGGAAAUUAGAAUAAAUUAAACUUUUAAUUUCGUAAAUGACAAUACUAUUAUACAUUUUUAAAAUUAUAUUUUUCUAUAAAAGAUACAUAAGAAAAUAUCUUUAGAAGGAAC